CCCGCGUUUACGGGCCUCAGAGGGCCGCCGAAGGAAGCCCGUGGGCAGCGCCUGGCCCGGAGACUAACCGGAGAAAGCAGCCCUGUCUGAGAUUACAUGGAAUAGGAAUCAUCUUGGACUUCUGAACUAAUGAGUAGAAAAUGGGAAGAAAAGCUGAAGCAGAUCGAAGAGCGAGCAUCUUAUUACCAGGCAAAACCACUGUGCUCCGUGUAUAGGCCAAGAUUGUCCAAACUGGAAGAACCACCCUCCAUUUGGAAACUAUUUCAUCGUCAAAGGCAAGCUUUUAAUUUCGCUAAAACUUGUAAACAGGAUGUUCAUGUAUUUGCUUUGGAGUACAAAACAGGAGAUGGACAGCGUAUUUAUCUUGUCACAACCUAUUUUCAGCUCUGGUUUUACUACAAAUCUCGGAAAAAUCUCUUGCACUGCUACGAAGUGAUUCCUGAAAAUGCUGUGUGCAAGCUUUAUUUUGAUUUAGAAUUUAACAAGCCUGCCAAUCCAGGAGCUGAUGGGAAAAAGAUGGUCACGUUACUGAUUGAGCAUGUAUGCAGAGAGCUUCAAGAUUUAUAUGGUAUAAAUUGCUCAGCUGUAGAUGUUUUCAACUUGGACUCUAGCACUGAAGAGAAGUUUAGCCGCCAUUUAAUAUUCCAGCUCCGUGAUGCGGCAUUCAAAGAUAACAUCCAUGUUGGUAAUUUUGUGAGAACAGUUUUGCAACCUGCUAUUGACUCAAUUGCCAGUGAAGAUGAUGGCAGCCUUCCAGAGACAAUGAGCCGUGGAUUUUCUCAUUUGCCUGAGGUGCUGAUAGAGCAAGGAAGUUCUUUCAACAAAAUGUCCCCAGAGGCGGGCCUAAGAGAGAGUGGGACAUUGAAUUCCAGGAAACAAGACAGUCUGGGAUCAGCUAAGCAAAGUGAUCCUGAUCUUUCAUUUUUAGUUGUGAAGAAUAACAUGGGAGAGAAGCAUCUUUUUGUAGAUCUGGGAGUUUAUACAAGAAAUAGAAACUUUCGGCUGUAUAAGUCAUCAAAACUGGGAAAACACGUGGCUUUGGAAAUUGCUGAAGAUAACAAAUUUUUUCCUAAGCAAUCAAAAGCUAUUUCUGAAGAGUACCAGUAUUUCCUGUCGUCUUUGGUGUGCAAUGUCAGAUUCUCAGAUACUUUACGAAUCCUUACAUGUGAAGCAACUCAGGAUAACAGAAAGCGACCGGAGCAUUUUAAUAAUACCAGCAUUUCAGUAGAAACCCUCGAAGGUUUUCAGUCUUCACCCUACCCUGAAGUCGAUCGGUUUGUUCUUUCCUUGGUGACUAAAAAUGACAUUAAAGGAGGAAUCAGACGGUGGAGCUACUUUUCCUCAGAAGAAUUACUGGUUUAUGAUAUUUUCAAAUAUCGCUGGUGUGAAAAUAUUGGAAGAGCCCACAAGAGCAAUAACAUCAUGAUUCUGGUUGAUCUGAAAAAUGAAGUUUGGUAUCAAAAAUGUCAUGAUCCCGUAUGUAAAGCAGAAAACUUCAAAUCUGCCUGUUUUCCACUGCCUGAUGAAGUACGCCUUCUGUUUCUUUUCAAAGAGGAAGAAGAGUUUACAACAGAUGAAAUUUGGAAUAAUGAAACCCAGAGUUGUCUUAAAUCGUCACCUAGUAAGCUGUCAACAGCUGCAUCCUCCGACACUGACUGGGACAAUGACAUGGAUGAUGCUAACUUCCUAGAAGCUACUGAAGAUGCUGAAUUAGCCGAGGCUGCAGAGAGCACUCUUCAGAGUUACAGCAGUGGAGUGGAUGAAAUUCCUGAUGAAAUUGUUAUGGAAAUCUUCCAGGAGUAGCCUGUUGGAUAUGCUGAAAUAUCUAAGAUUUGUAACAAGCCUUAACUUAUUAUUCCCCCCUUAACCACCUACUCUACUUAAGUAAAUUAGUUUUAUUGGAAAUUAACUGCUGUAUACUUAAAAUCUGUUGUCUGGGGCUGACUUAGGGGGUUUCAACAUUUUAAAAUUACUGAAGACAUUAUCAAAAGACUAUGGCAUCAAUUUGAUGCCAUUUAACAUUAGUCAUGAGACAAAUACUAAAUUCUGGUGACAAGGCCGCCUUCUUUCCCCAAAAGAUUUAUAACAGUUUUAGAAGGUAGCAUGAGACCGAUCUUUUACACAGGCGUUUCACCAGAGCUGUCGUCUUCACUCCAAGUCCAGGAGCCUUUCUAAUUGAUGGUUGAUAUUCUGCAAAUGAUUUUCAGCUCCCAAAAAGGAUCUUGCUUUAAAUAACAUAGCUGGAAGGCUGGAAGAAUCAUACUGUUGAAAGAAAACAACUCAAAUUAAUCUCAAACCCUCAUAUCUUUCUGUUGGCCAUACAUUACAUAUGUAAAGACCUUUCCAUUAACUACUUUCACUUUUAAACUUAGGCCAAUAAGAUCAGUUGUAAUCUGUUUCCCUAGGGUAUAAUUCAUAGAAGGCUGUAGGGCUUUACUGUUCUCAU